AUGCGUCGCAAGGGCCACCUGAAGCAAGAAGAUCUUGAACCAAGUAAUGACACGCCAGCGACAGGAGUCUGGACCGGAGCGAUCAGGGGCAGGCGGGGGGGGGGGGCGGAUAGAAACAAGAAGUGGCCAGAAACACCAGGAGAUACGCACCUCGCUGCUGCAACGAUGCGCUGGGCGGGUACCCGAGCGCUUGGGGGGCAUUCAUUGCGGUACGAAGCUGAAACAGAUCAAGUGGAGAGAGCGCGCUUCGGGGUGCGGUGGGAGCGCAAGCAGGACUAUCGCAAUAUGGCCGCGCAACCAACGAGAUGGGGAGAGGGUGGGAUAGAAAAGGGUGGUGACGAGGGUGGAGACGGUCAGUUGGGCAGCGGCGAUCCAAACGAGCCCGCGAGUUUAUCGAAGUGA